AUGACAGGAUGCGAAGCAGCAGCGGUGCGCACGCCGUUGACCCAGCUGAAACAGGCGUUGACAGGGGUGACUGAAGAGCGAUUUGAAGCGAAACUCGGUAAUGCCGAAGACUAUGACAACGAGUACGACAACAACGACGGCUACGACUACGGGUGCACAGAGGAACAUCAGAGAGCAAUUAAUAGUCGACCGUUGUCCUCACGUGCCCUCAUGUGGUGGCCGUAUGAGGAAUGCAGAAAUGGCCUCCCCUACGUCACUUGCUACGGAGACCUGAAAUGCAACCACACCCGCCAGCAGUGGGAUGGCAUACCGACAGCCCGAAGAUUGUGGACGCGCAAAGGAGGCAAUGACCGAGUAAGUCAAGCAUGCGAGUUUGUUGACGCUGUGCUUCAGCAAGGAAUGCCGACUCUCAGCAGGGAAUCUCAUCGCUUAUCGCUGCCGACCUACAACUUCAAGGUCGACAGGAACGCCUGGACGAACCGAGACUUGAAGGUUAAAAUAACCUUGGCCAGAUUCAAGGAUUUUAGCAGAAUCGUGAGCAACAUCAACGCCUGCGUGCCGUCAAUGAAGAAUGGAAACGUGAGCGUCAGCUGUGAUCUGAACAUUGGUGGCAUCGAAGCCAUGCUUCUGACCGAGACUAAAGGAGACAGCUUGCUCGGCGAAGCGAAGCUUGUUCGGGUCAACGCAUUUCUGUACCCUAUGAUCGGUAAGCUUGAAGUCACCUGCGCAAUGAACAAACCAGCCUUCCUUCGCAGUUUUGUUGUGAAGGGCGACUACAUCGAAGUGACGGUCGGAGAAAAUCUCGACUUGAACCCGCUCCGAAUGAGCAUUUUCAAGACCCACAUCCGUCACUACAUAGGGACACAACAGGAAGAGAAACUCGACUCUUACUACGAAGAACGGCUCAAAGAUGCCUUUUCCCGCGUGACCUUUUUCUUGUUUUGAUCGAUAAAAUUAGACUACUUAUCUUUGAAGAGAGGGAAAUAUGGACGUGGAAAAAG